UGGCUUUUGCUUCCUGAUUCUUCUUCUCACUCUAUCCUCUCUCUCUCAGUCUUCGCCCGAAACGGACAGCAGCGAUGGUGACGGCCGCGAACAAGGCACGGCGGCGACGCUCCCUUCCACUCUCCUCCCCCUCCCUCUCUCCUGGUAUUGCAGCAUGUCUGUCGAGCCCCGACGCCGCGUCUUCACCACGCAGUGCGCUCCUGGGCGACAGCGCAGCCAAUCUGGUGCGCGACGACGCGUGUGUGCCCCGGCGGCGGCCGCCCCCCGCCACAGUGCGUAGCAUGGCUGCCAGCGUGCCUGCCCCAUGGCGAUGGCCGCUCCCGCUGGUCUGCUCUGCAUCGGAGCACAGACAUGGGGAGCUGCCGGUGUCGUCGACUUGCUCCGACCCCUCCUGCUCCUACUCAACACCCUCUAGGUUUGGGAUCCUUGCAGUGUGAAGAAUAUUUUUUUCCCUCAUGUUGUGCAACUUACUUUGACAUUGCAAUCCUAUUAAGAUAAUGUCGAAUGGUUGUUGAAAUAGAAGAUUUAUGAAACAAUGGCUAAUUCGCAUAUUCUUUAAAGGUAUAAGCAUCAAUGGUGA